ACCCUUAAACCCUAAACUCCGAGUGCCUGCCAUUGUAACUGGUCCUAAAACCCUAAUCACUAUAUUGCUGCCACCUUGGUUUUAUUUCACCUCCAAUCCAAAUUUUAGCUCACUAGGUAACUGGGUGCGAUAUACUUCUGGAAAAAGCUCUGAACUUUGAGCUCCCCAUUGAAUCAUGAAGGCCAAGAACCUGAAAAAGAAGAAAGCGUCAGCUCAAAAAGGGAACACACAGAAUGGAAAAAAGAGAUUUUCAAUUGAAAAUGACCCAUUUUUCAACGACUCGAAAAGGAGAAAGAGGUUUGGAGAUGAUGAAGAUAUAGAGAGCAGUGAUGAUGAUGAUGAGGAACUUUAUGGUUCUGAUGAUGAAGGAAUUAGGGACAAAAAAGAGGGUAAGGAGGAAGAACAGGAGGAGGAGGAGACGGCGGCGGAGAGGAGAAAGAGGGUGGCGGAGGCAUAUUUGAAGAGAAUAAGGGAGUCCGCGAGGAGGGAAGAGGAAGAAAGAGAGAGCGAGGAUGAAGGGGGUAGAGAGGAGAGGGAAGGGAUGAGGGACUCGGUGGUGGCGAACAUUUUGCAGCAGGAGCAGAUGGAGGAGAGUGGUCGUGUCAGAAAAGCUAUUGCUUCCAGGAUUCAGAAGCCGACUGAGGGAUUUCGCCUUUUAGUGAAACAUCGACAGUCCGUAACUGCUGUGACUCUAUCGGAGGAUGACUUAAAAGGAUUUUCAUCUUCUAAAGAUGGUACUAUUGCUAGCUGGGAUGUGGACAGUGGAAAGACAGAAAAGUAUGCUUGGCCUACUGACGAAGUUUUGAAGUCACAUGGUGCUAAGGAGCCACAAGGUCGAGCAAAGAAACAUAGUAAGCAUGUUUUAGCUUUAGCUGUCAGCUCUGAUGGCCGCUAUUUGGCGAGUGGAGGCUUGGAUCGUCACAUUCAUUUGUGGGAUGUCCGGACACGGCAGCAUAUUAAGGCAUUCCCUGGUCAUAAAGGACCUGUUUCAUGUUUGACAUUCAGACAAGGAUCUUCGGAACUGUUUUCAGGGUCGUUUGAUCGAUCCAUCAAGAUAUGGAAUGUGGAAGAUAGAGCUUAUGUAAACACUUUAUUCGGUCAUCAAAGUGAAGUUUUGUCCAUUGAUUCCUUGAGGAAAGAAAGGGUGUUGACUGUUGGACGAGACCGAACCAUGCACUUAUGGAAGGUUCCAGAGGAAUCUCAAUUGAUAUUUCGUGCUCCAGCAACAAACCUUGAAUGCUGCUGUUUCAUCAAUAAUGACGAGUUUUUAUCUGGUUCUGAUGAUGGAAGUAUUGAGCACUGGAACGUAUUAAGGAAGAAACCUGUCCACAUUGUAAAAAAUGCACAUGUUUCAUUGCAAUCAGCGGGAAUCGAACCGAGAAAUGGGGCUCUAUCAAAUGGCCACAUGGAAAAUGGCACCCUGAAUCCUGAGAGUCGUUCCUCAUCAGCACUCUCUUGGGUUAGUGCGCUGACAGUCUGCAGAAAUAGUGAUCUUGCUGCAUCAGGAGCUGCCAAUGGGUCAGUUCGUUUGUGGGCAAUUGAAAAUGAAUCCAAAGGAAUCCGGCCGUUGUUUGAGCUCCCAGUGGCUGGAUUUAUAAAUUCUUUAAUUUUUUCAAAAUCAGGACAGUUCUUGGUUGCUGGAGUAGGGCAGGAACCUCGCUUAGGAAGGUGGGGACGUAUUGCUGAUGUUCGAAAUGGAGUUCUUGUGCAACCUUUGAAGCUUUCGUGAUAUUGACCUCGUUACUCAUUGUCAAUUUUGGCGCAUGCUAAAAGGGGAAUAACCUUCUCUGUACCUUUUUUGUGAGGUUAAUAUUUUUAUGCUGUCAGUGAAAAUUUUGAUCUAUCAAUUUUUUAUGCCUUUUUCUUCUCUCGUUCAUCUUGUUCAUAUUGAAUCGGCUACGUAGUAGUGAAAUACGGAGCAAUUUUAAUGUAUUAGUUUUUUAAAUUCAUAUGAAAACCUCAGAAAGUUUGAAGGUUUUA